AUGCCGAUCGGGUGCGCGACUCUAUGUUACGCGGACGACACCCUAGUGACGGCGAGUGCGGAUAACUUCGAGGAGGCGCGUAUCAGAGUGGAGAUCGGCACCACGGCGGUGGUACGAGCGAUAGAACGUUUGGGGCUUAAAGUAUCGAUUGCCAAGACCGAGGCCAUUGCCUUUAUGGCGGAAGGCAUCCCGCGGGGGGCCGUGGUCCGCAUAGGGGGAACAGUGGUCCCGAUUGGCUCCACCCUGAAAUAUCUGGGCCUAAUCCUGGAUUCGCGGUGGACCUUCCGGGACCACUUUAAUGCAGUCGUGCCGAAGGCAUGGGGCCUUACGACAUCCCUGGCCAGAAUAAUGGCAAACAUAGGGGGACCUGGCGAGCGAAGAAGGAGGACAUACGCGGCGGUCGUCAUGUCCGUUGUCCUGUACGGUGCACCCAUAUGGGCGCAGACGGCGGCGGAGGAUCGCGGAAUCCGAGGGGCGGUGCGGAAGUUACAGCGGCAACUCACCCUCCGUGUAAUCAGGGGGUACCGCACUAUCUCGGGCGAGGCCGCGGCCAUCCUUUCUGGGAUGGUCCCCUUCGACCUAGCGGCGAACCGUCUCAGACGGUCUUAUCUCCGGAGACGGGAGAUUAUUGCCCGGGAUGGUGCGGUGGCCCCUGGUGUGAGCGCGACUGCUGGAAAUGGAGCGUCGCAGAGUAAUCGCUAG